AUGGACCUACCAUCAUCCCCUGUCGAGUCCAAUACUCCGAAUGCGUUACAGUAUGGUGAAGACCUCGAAUCCGAGCUGGCCACAUCCGUGUUGCGUGGGAAUGCGCACCGAGUCCGGUCACUGAUAGGCACGUUCAAUAUUACCCUGUCUCACAGAUACUCUUGGGUUCUGUACGAGGCCUGUCUCCGCGGUCCCAAGAUGAUUCAGGCUUUCCUUGUAGACCCGGAGAUCAAUCUCGAUACCGUUACACAAGGCUCUCCACUAUUGCACCACGUGUUAAACACUCCUCAGGCAUCAUUCGUACACGACAAGGAGGAGACGGUCAGGUUUCUGUUGAAGUGUGGUGCCGAUCCCCUCCAGUGUGACCGAUUAGGCAACUCUACAUUGCACCACCUUUCCAGCAACAUCGUGCGAUGUGACGAACACCGUGGCACGGAGGGUUACAGGCUCAUGCAUCUGCUGUUGGUUGGUGAUGAGAGUCUGCAGGCGGCCGCCCGUGAAGGAAUCGACGCCCAGAAUAGAUACGGGGACACACCUCUCACCCUUGCCCUCAUGUACGACCACAUGGAAUGUCUACAACUACUUCUGGAGUACGGUGCCAAUCCAUUCAUUACAGGCGAAUUCGGCAAGUCGCCCCUGGACUUCGCGCAGGAACGCGGAGACUCGAAAGUAGUGGGGCUCAUGCUACGCGCUUGGUCUAGAGUGGCCUGGCCAGCUUCCUCCGAGGUUGAGUGA